UUUUGUUAGUUUCAGAUAGAAAUUGUCUUUUGAACAUAAGAAUUAUUCUGUAUCAAACAAAAAUUUCUUUAUGAAAUUAGAGUACUAAUUACUUGAUGAAACUGAUACACUGGAAACUAAUCUAGUCUCACCACAAUUAAUUUAGCUUCCUGAAAGUAUGUUUGUCACACUAUCCCAUUUUAAUUUAUUGCAAGUUUUUAAAUCAUUUAAGAAUAAAUUUUUAUGAGUAACAUUGUGUAUAAAUUACAUUUAAUUUUAAAUAUUUUUCAAAAUCCAAAUGGCAAACACCUUCCAACAGUGGUGGAUCCAGGGAGAGCACACAUUUUCUCUAAAGGUUAAGGUUUUAAGUACAUUAAUUAACAUAUGUGUAUUAUGUGAAGGCAUUCAAAUCAUAUGGUUUAUUUAUUACCAGGUACAGAUUCGAAUACAAGUACAUUUGUAAAUCAUACAACGAAAAAAUCUACGAGCAACAUCUUUGACUUAGUAUUUGAUACAGAGAUUCUUUCUAUAUUGUCACCGUUUCAUGUUCCUAAUUUAUAUCCCUAACAUUGAAACUUCAAUACUUGGGGGCAGGACUCUCUAUUUUUGAGUAGUCCCUCACGGGCGAGUAAAACUUAUACUGUUUGUUGGAAUAUUCAUUCCAUGGUUCAGGAUUCGAACUUUUGUUCCAAGACACGUCAGGAUUACGAGUGGCCAAUCUCAAGGUGUAAAAAACUGCGCCAAUACAACCCGUUCCAACGCAAACAUACAAUGGAAUCAGCGCUGGAUGCCUCUUAAGACUUGAAAAGCUCAUGCCCUGCAUGAUUGAAAGUGAUUGCUCUUUACUUGUGGGCACACGAAAAUCUGUCUUGGAUAACCCAAGAUAUUAACGGAGCGAUAAAAUCAAUUCAAGCCACACAACCACGCAAUAAAAGAAUGGUGGAUACGGACACACAGGUCGACAGGGGCGACAGCGAGAGAAGUGGGGAGAAUGUACUGAGAAGUCAUAUUUUUGUGUUCACUUUUUACAAGCAAAUGAUGAUAAUCAUUCAAAUAAUUAUUACAUAAAUGUAAAAUUGGUUAUUAAUGAAAAUGUACACUUCAAAUACAUUGGAAACGAAAAUUUAAUUAAUAUUUCAGAAGGAAUUCUGUCGUAUAUUGUACAUCCGGUACGCCCAUUACGGUACGAUUUUCAAUUGUCCAUCCUGUUGCUUUCUGUCAUUUAUAAACCUAUAUACGGCUGAAUACUUCGACAUAAGUGUUGGUAUUGCAAUAAUGCAAAAUAAAUUUAUCAGGGCGCAUCUCAAUACAAAAUUGUCUAGUUACUUUGUUUUCGCGAGACGUGAAACAGAAGAUUGUAAUUUAUGACAACAUAUACAGAACGAGUUUUAGGCAGUGACAACCUGAAAUGUUAAUUGUGUGUUAGUCUGUUACCAAUUAGUGUUCUUAAUGAAUGCAUGUAUGAAGUUUCCGUCGCGAACAACGAGUGUCAAGAUCUUCCGAUAUUUAGAUUUUUGGUAACGAGGCAUAUAUGAAUUGUAAAUUUUUUUGAGUAAUUGUUUUGGUAGAAACAAUAACACCCAACAUGAAUCUGCCAUUACAGACAGAUGUUGUACUAAACAAGGAAUAUUCAGUGUCACCAACGAGAUAUGUGUGGAAUCCAAAUUUGUAUCGUCUUCAACAGGAAGCACCACGCCCAAAGCCUGUGGUUUGCACCAAGCCUGUUCCCUCAUGUCCUUCUUUUUAUGGAUCAGAGUUUCAUGGAAUUUUAUCUCAUACUCAUGCAGCAAAUGUAGUGACAGAAGAGGGAGCAUACAUUGUACGUCAGAGUUGUGGAAGUCAUGAUUUUUAUACUCUUACAUUCAGAUUUAAUGAUAAACUUAAGCACUAUAAAUUAUUUUAUGAUGGACAACAUUAUGUCAAAGAUACAGGAAAGAGAUUUGACACAGUGUAUGAAUUGGUGGCUGAUGGGCUUGUCACCUUGUAUUUUGAUGAACAUGCAGCUCCAUUUCUUGAAAUCAUGGAAAGAUUUGAUUGCUAUGAGAAAAGCCCAUAUAUGACCUUAAACAAAUUAAAAUUAAAGCGUGCUAUCAGUAGACAAAAUUCUCGGAAAUACGAUGUUCAAGCAGCAAGUGCUGCAUUUGUUUGUAGUGAACGUGACCACACAGAUCGUACUGAACCUCCAGAAGAAGAAAUUGUAGAGUAUGAUAAACCACAUGCUUUUAAGAUUCAUACUUUUAAAGGACUUAACUGGUGUGAAUUCUGUGGCAAUUUUUUAUGGGGUUUUACUGCUCAGGGUGUUAAGUGUGAUGAUUGUGGAUUUAGUGCUCAUACAAAAUGUUCUGAAAAAGUGCCCCGAGAUUGUUGCCCAGAUUUGAAACACAUUCGUGGUGUAUUUGGUAUUGAUCUUACCACUCUUGUUCGGGCUCAUAGAACUUGUCGGCCAUUUGUGGUUGACAAAUGUAUAGCAGAAAUUGAACAUCGUGGUGUAGAUGCUGAAGGUCUUUACAGAGUGUCUGGUUUUGCAGAGGAGAUCGAAUCUUUGAAGAUGGCCUUGGAUCGAGAUGGGGAAAAUGCAGAUUUGAGUCCAGAAGCAUAUGAAAAUAUCAAUGUAAUAGCAGGUACAUUAAAGUUGUAUCUCCGUUUAUUGCCCAUUCCGUUGAUAACAUUUGAAACUCAUCCUGCAUUAAUUGCUGCCACACAGCACCGGGCACUGCAUGAACAAAUUGCUGGUAUUAAGGAUGCUUUAACAUUACUACCAACAGCUCAUUUCAACACUUUGAAGUUUCUAAUGGAACAUUUAUUCAGAGUGAUGGAACAGCAUAAUGUUAAUAAAAUGACCGCUCAUAAUUUGAGCACAGUGUUUGCUCCAACUUUAAUGCCUGCACCUGAUAUUUCCAAGUGUGGAGGAUUACCAGGGAUGACAUAUGAAAUAUCUGCUCUAGAGCUGAUGAUUUGCCAUCAGCAAGCUAUUUUCAGUUGAUCUACUUUAUGGUGCUAAUUGUAAAGAUAACAGUUUGCAUUUUUUCACUGGUUGAAAGAAAACAACUACAACUUCUUCCAAGCAGUCACAACUUCAUUUUAUUGAAUUUACAAUAAAACAAACUGUUUAAACAAAAUAAUUUAGUUUAAUGAAAUGGAACCUCAAUCUCUUGAAAUUGGUGAGAGGAAAAAAACAAUAAAAUAACUCUGUUUCAAAUUAUUGAAUGUUUUAAGACCCAGGUGUCAAACUUUCAAGAUCUCAAGGGCCAAAACUAAAAACUUUAAUGUGGUUGCGAGCCAAAUUUUCAUUACACAACAAUUUGCAUCUGACUUCCCAUCAUUGUUCUCGGCACUUGACCUGGCUACUGUAUAAACGGGGGUGAGGGUGGAGCCAUGUGUAAUAUCAGAUAAUACCAUGCAUAAUGUAGUGAAACACUUUGGGACAAUUUUGAAAAUCUGAAUUUAGUAGAAAAGAAUCCUUAAAUCUAAAUGUAACUUAUUUUACAUUAAAGGAGGUUGAUCCUGGCAGAGCAAUUCGCGAUGCGCAUAAUGUUCUCUCUCUAUAUUGAUGAAAGGGACUUUCACUUUUGACUAAUAACCUUUCAUGGCCACAAUAAAUCGCACGUCGGGCCGCUAGUUGAACACAAGGAUGGAUACAGCCAAUCAUUUAGGAGGGGGGAUGGCUUAUAGAUUUUUUAAAAAUAAUAAACAUAUUUGUUAUGUAUUGUAUAUUUGUGUAUUAUAUUAUUGUGUAUAUAUGAUGCUAUACAAUAUUAUUUUUUAAAUAAUUACAUAAUUCCAACAUAAAUAUUUAAAUUAAUUUUGCCAAAAGGAGGUAACAAAUGAAAACUGUAGGCCUUUGUAAGUGAGUGACAUGCCCCUCCUUCCCUUAGAUCCACCAGUGGUUGAACGACCGUUUUAAGAUAUCAAUAUGAAUAAUACAGAGGUUUUAGAUUCAGAAAAUUAACAUGGUAAUGAUUCUUUUCUGCUAUAUACAGAAGUAAACCAUGUUUGUAUGUUCCUAGUGAAGUUUACUUUGGUUCCUAUUUAACUUAACAUUGUAAUUAACAAUGUACAGGAAUGGUAAAGGAAAAUUAAAAACAUUCAAGAUACUGAAGAAUUCAAGUUAUUGAGGUUUCACUGUAAUAAGUUUUUUGAUUAAUUUUCAAAGCAUUUUUAGAUUUGUUGCUAAUGAUACAGGAAGUUUUGGUAGUGUUGAAAGCAAUUAAUUAUAUUGUUGAGGGGGCCGAACACGGUUUAUUGAGCAUUACCUCAUUUCUUUGAAGUCACUGGGUUGGCAGAUACAGUCAUAUUAAAUUUAUAAGUUGUACAUGUAUUAUAGUUUUUAGGUGUGGCAUUUACUUAUCUGUUGAGAAAGGCUGAAAUUUUAAAGAUAUGCCAAAGGAAUUUUUUUUUCCAUUUCUGUAAAAUAUGGUUAUUUUUUGACAUGAAGAAUAUUACUAAUAUUACAUUAUGAUUAUUUGAGUUUGAAAAAAUCAAAUAGUUGUAGGCUUGUUAAUGAAUCACAUGUUUAGAGACUUAAAUAUUUGAGAAAAUAUUGCUUGUGAAGAUAUUAGUUCUAAGUAUAAUUUGAAUAUGUAUGUGUAAUAUAUUGCACAUGUAUAUUAGUCUACAUGAAAAGUACAUAUUCAUAAUAUAUCCAGUAUCAUGUGAUAUUACAACUUAUAGAAAUAAAGUAUUUCUUAAAUUUGUUUAUGGAUCAUUAAAUAAAAACUCACAUUUUUAGCUUGC